AAAGGGGCGGUGGUGUUGUUAGGGUUUAAGGAGAAGAACCCUAUUCAGUUGAGAGCUUCGUGUGUGAUUGGUGAUCGCAAUCAAUCAUGGCCGAGGAAACUCGGGUGGAAAAGGCGGCGGUGGUCCGUAAGACGAGGAGAGAAAGGGGAAUGAAAGGUUUCAAGUCAAAUAAGAAGCAAAAACGCGACAUGGCUGCCCCACGGCGGAGUUUUAAAGUCGACAAGAGAAUGGAGAAGAUGUUCAAAAAGCGUGCACGAGAUUACAAUUCCGAUUCGGAUGAUGAUGGUGAGAAGAGGAACCGUUAUGGAUCUGCGGCCACGGUUGGAGAGAAAAAUAAUGCAGGAGCUGCUUCUGUAAAUGACGAUGAUAGUGAUGUUGAUAUGGCUAAGGAAUUUGAAGGUUCUGGUGAUGAAGAAGACGGAGAAAUCAUGCCUGGAAUCAUUAAGCUGGCAGAGGGUUGUAGAGCUUUCAAGAUGGCUUUCAAGAGUAUUUUAAAGAAGAGUGUAUCUGAUGAUUCACUGGGACCAGUUUUAUCAGCACAUAAGAAGCUGGUGGUGGAGAAGCUAGCUCAGGAGGAAGCUGAAAAAAAGGUUAAAGGAGAGGCCAGGAAGCAGAGACAAAUGGUAGGAGAGAAGGGGCAUGUGAAACCUGCUAAUUACUUGGACGCGCACGACAAGUUUCUUAUUGGUGUUGCUACUAAAGGAGUGGUCAAGUUGUUCAACGCUGUCAACAAGGCACAAAGUGCGCAAAAGGGAUUGGAUCCUUCAAGGUCCAAAGAUGCCAAAGUGAUAAAGAAGCGAAGGAAGGAAGCCUUCUUCUCGGAGUUGGGCAAGAAAUCAUUGCCAGUGGGUGCUAAGGUUGAUACAUUUUCAGGCCCAAAAGACAGUGAAGGGCCCUCUUGGGCUCCAUUACGUGACAAUUACUUGUUAACAAAUCCUAAAUUGAAGGAUUGGGAUAAGAUGCAGGAGACUAAUGAGGCCGAUGCUGUUGGAGGCAUGUCAGAAGAUAGUGGAUCGGAUGAGGACUGAUUGUUAAGUUACGCCGCAUCUGUAGGAUGCUUUCUUUCUUUGUCUAAUUAUAUAAUGUAUUCAAGCUAAAAGAUAUCAUGACUGCGACCGCAUAGAUCCUUUUCAAUGCAUACAAGAACAAUUCAUCCCUACUAAAUGGUCAUCCACCUGUGUCGGCAAGUAUUAUAAGAAGAACUCGAGAGUUAGCAGCCAUUGAAACAGAGAUUA